UGUAAGUUGUCACUUGUCAGAUAGAUGUAAACAAACAGUAUGUGCCGCCUCGUGCCUUUUGUUAAGCGCGGUUAAAAUUGGUGCUCUGUAGUGAAGCAUGCAGGGAACAACGCUCUGGGAAGGAAGCACUUGUCCGCUCUGCAAAACGAAAGGAAUUAAUUCGAAACUGAAGUUUUUCCGCUUAAAUUUACGUGUCGCAGCUUUGUUAUGUAAACACAAAAAGUGUCCAUUUCCAGUGAGUACAGAGUAUCCUGACACAUUUGUCCGUGUUGGUCGAGAUGGCAAGAUUAUACCAGGUUCAGAGUCUGAGAGAGGUUGGCCACAGGAAGAGGAAGAUGAUUCUGAUGACUCACCAUAUAUUUCUGAUACAUCAGAAGAGUCUGUUACAUUUCCAGAUAUUUUCCCAGACGUCAAGACUCUGCAAAAUGUUUCAUCAGAGAAUACAAAUGAUAAAGGAGUCUUGGAAGUUGAUGCAUUUGAUAUAAGCAAUAUUGAUUUUGAAACUGACGACAGUAUGGAUAUAUUCAAACUACGAAAUGAGAUAACUUCCCUAGAAAAGGAAAUUACAAAGUGUGUAGAAAAUAUGAAAGCUGUGCCACCCCAUGUUAACUAUAAAGGUUCUCCAGUGCUUAAUAACUACAGCGAAAAGUGUGAAAAUCCAGGCACAGUGGCAGCCAAAGCUUUUACAAGUUUGGAUGAUAACAUUUGUACUGAUACACAAAGAGAAUCAGGUACAAAUUGCAUUAGCUGUGUGAAAAUGAACGAAAAUAUGAUGGAGCAGAGUAACAGUAGAAACUCUGGUAAUACAAUAUUGCAUGAACAUGAUUCACCUACUAGCAUACCUAGAAGUCUUGAACUUACUGAAGUGAGUGAAGAAUUAGCCAGCUGUAUGCAGCAUUCAGAAGUCAGCGCCCCGAUUUCUAAUAUGUGUAUUUCGAGCCACAAACAUGCAGAUGUUCAGAGUAAGAGCAAGAGAAAUUGUAGAGGUGCAGGCCACAAUGAUGGUAGUGAUCAUGAUGAUGGUUUUGAAGAAGUGAAAAGCACCAGUAACAGUAAUGACAACAAUGUGAAAAAUCCAGAGCAGGAACAAACAAUACUAUUAAUUCCCCAAGAUACAAAAAAUACCGUGGGAAAUGAUUUAUCUAGGGUGUGUGAAUUACAUGCAGAAUUAGUCAUUAGUGAAUCAGUAAGGACUAAAAAAAAUAUUGAUUGUGACAAGGAGAUAUGUAAUGAUAAAGAAGUGGUCAUUAUAUUUGAUGAUGAUAAGAGUAGUGAGUGUAAUGACAAUAAUGCAGGAAAGCAGCUUGAUGGUGUAUCUAUGGCAGAUACCACAAAUCCAGAACCUGAACCCCUGGUGUUGUUAAAUCAUCAGAGUACGACAAAUACUGUAGGAAAUCAUUCACCAGGAAAGCUUGAAUUAUUUGCAGAAUUAAUCCCUGGUGUAUCAACAUUCAAUAAAAAAGAUAAUCAUUGUAUGAAAGAUUUGUGUGAGGAUAAAGAUGUGGUCAUUAUAUUGGAUGAUGAUAAGAAUAGUGUUAGUACAAAAAAUACAGUAGCAAAUGAUUUACCAAGAAAGAGUGAAUUACAGGCAGAAUUAUUAAGUGCUGAAUUAGUACCCAUUCAGAAAGAUGAUGAUGGUCAUGAGGUGUAUAAAAUUGUGACAGUUGAUAGUGAUACAUCAUCCACAGGCUUCCUUGGGGAUUCAAGAAACUAUGAAGUUAUAGAUGUACAAUUAAGUUCGUGUGAAAACCUGGAAUCAACUCGAAACACUGACGGGAGGAAAACUACAAACGUGCAUCACAGUGCUCAAAAUACUAUUGAGCAACUUGAUAAGAAAAGCAGUAUAACUUGCUCAAAUUCAGGGAGUGUAACACCAUCUGUAAAAAUAAAAAUUGUAGAAGAAGAUGGACUAUUUGUGUGCAAAACUGAUCCACAUUCUAGUGUUUCAGAAGUAGAGGAAACAAAGCAGGUUCAAAAUACGUCUGCAAGAAACAAUGCUCAUUCUAAAAACUGUGUUUGUUUUUUAUGUAAAGAAUCUGAUCAGAAGGGCAUCACAUCACAUCUUGACCGGGCACUGGCAGAUAUUUUCCCAGAGGAAUGUCCUACUGAUAAACACUUGAAAGAGAGAGAACUUCGAACAGAAAGAGAAGUCAUGAAAGACUUUCUUCGUUACAUGACUGGAAAUAAUAGCCUGAAGGAUGCCAAAAAGAGUCCCAAAAAGAGAAAACGUAUCUUUCAUCUAUAAUUCCCAACACUGUGUGCAGGAAGACUUCUGUAUAAUAUCAGUAUGUGACUCCAUUCUAAAAGGCAAGUACAAAAAUGUGAGUGAAAUGUGAAUAACUUAUCUUUGAGCCACAUCGCUAAAUGCCUUAAAGUGCAAGAGAAAAGGGAAUGAAGGCAAAAACCUGGAAGAGAAGAGAAUGUGAUACACAGAGUUAUGCGAGAGAUAUGUUAGGGGCAAGAGUGUGGUCCAUACUGACAAAUGUGGUGUUCAUAAGAUUUACUGUAUACCAAACGACUGCCUCUGCCAGCAAAAAUUUUGUAUUUCUUGCUUUUUCUCUCUUUGCAUUGCAAUGAGGCUCCAGUUUUUGAAUUCUAGUCCUAGUGCAAAAUUGCUUUUAUAUUCACUUGUUAUUUAUUUUUAUUGUACUCAGAAGUGUUAUUCCUAUCAGCAUUUUGUUGCCUGGUAACUAGUUAUCUUCAUUUGUUUCAUUCCUUCUAAAAUUCAAUCUUGGCUUAUACUUUGAAUCUCCUUAUUAUUUAGAUUGAAUUUGGCGGUACCUUUGUCACACAAAUAAACUAGUAUCAGACACGUUUUUAUGUAUUUCAAGAAGAGGAUGGGGAAAUGGGUCUCAGGUGGAGUCUAGAGAGCGAAGUUGACAGUACCAAAUUUUAUGGAGCUAUGCCUUACUUUAAUUACCUAAAUUCAUUUCGAUACACUAAUCCCAUUUCAAAAACUAAUCUGUGUUACAUGAGUGACAUUGUGUAUGAAAACAUAACGCUAAAUGAUAACUUCUCUUCAGCACCUAUAGUCAUCACUAACAAAGUCAGAUUUGCCAUGAAAAAUGGUGUAUUUAUUUAUGUACCAAAAUUAUAGACUACUCACAAGUCGCAUAUAAUUUUUUCUUUAUUUUCACAUGUUUCACUCGACUAAAGUUAGCAUCUUCAGAAAUUACAUAGCAAGGGCUACAUGAUACAAGUAUGGGGCUAUGUGUAGUGGCGCUGUCAUAUGUAAAUAUACAUAGCCUGAUAUUUGUAAAGUGUGGUCCUCGGCUACAUAAUUUCUGAAGAUUUUUAUUUUGGUCGAAUGAAAAAUGUAAAAAUAAAGACAAAGUUAUAUGUGGCUUGUGGCUGAUCCACAAUUUUAAUUUAUAAUUGUCACUGUUUCUCUGCAAGCAGAUGCAUGUGGUCACUACCAGGUGAAGAAGUAUGAAACUGGAAUUUGGUUGCAAUAAUGACACGUCUGUUGUUUAAAACUGAUAAACAUUGUUUCAUUCAAAAUAAUCUCCAUUGCUAUUUAUACAUUUCUCCCACUUCUCUGGCAAGAUAUGAAUGCCACGCAAAAGAAAAACAGUUCUUUUGAAGUGAACCAGUCAUUGAGCAAUUUUCGUACUACUGCAUACGAAUUGAAAUGUUGUUCAACUAGAGCAUGUCCCAGUGAUGCAAAUAGAUGUGAAUCAGAUGGAGCCAAGUCUGGAGAAUAAGCUGCAUGCCCUAGUAUUUCCCAACUGAAUGCCUCGAUCGUUCCCUGACCCGUUUUGCUGUGAGUGACCAUGGAACAAUAUGACUUUGUGUUGCCUUUUUCCAUAUUCCUGUCAUUUUUCAUGUAAUACUCAAUUUAAAUCUAUCUUUUGCUGUCAGUAGUGAUCAGUGUUAAUGGUUUCACCAGGUUUUAGCAGCUCAUAAUAGAUGACACUCUUCUGAUCCCACCAAACACUGAGCACUGUUUUCUUUCCAAAGUGAUUUGGUCUUGGAGUGGGUGUCGAUG